GUGAAAGAGAAAGAGACACAAUAAAAUCUAUUUUUUCUCCCCCCUUUCUCUCUCUCUCUCUCUCUCUUUCUCUUUCUCUUUCUCUUUCUCUCUUUCUUUCUUUUUUCUCUUUCACACACUUAUCAUUACAACAAAGUCGAAUGGUGUACAUAAAGCAAGAAGACGGUACACAAAAGAAAUUUGCUUGUAUAAGUUGCAUCAAAGGACAUCGAUCUUCAAAAUGUGAACAUGUCGAUAGAGAGUUGAUUGAAAUCAAAAGAAAAGGAAGACCUGUCACUCAAUGUGAACGCUGUAGACAGUUAAGAAAGACUAAGCAGAUGCAUCUCAAGUGUGAAUGUCGUUUGAAGCAAAAGACACUAAGAUCUAUAGAAUCUAGAGGUACAUUUUCUUAUUCUCGAUAAUAAUUAACUUAAUGUGUUGCUUAUAUAGAUAGUAAUCUAUGUUUAGAAUGUAAAAAGUUGAAAGGAUUCUGUAUUUGUUAUAAGGGAGAUAUCGGCAAAAUCAACACCACAAAUUAUAUUAGUAGAAGUAGUAGCACUAGUAGUCGUAGUAGUAGUAGUAGUAACCAUAGUCCAUGCUCUGAAGGGUCACUUACGCCACCCAUACAUCAACAACUAUAUCCAGCUGGACUGAAUGACAACAAUAUUAAUAGUAGUAAUAAUAAUAA